AUGGGGUCUCCAAUGGUGGUCAGUAUUUGUUUGGAGUCUCCAGUUGAUAGUAUUCACACGGGGUCUCCAGUGGUGGUCAGUGUUAUCAUGGGGUCUCAGACUGUGGAAGCUGGAAGUGGGGGUAUUGGCAGGGCUGCACGCUGUCUCAGUUGUUGUUAAGCGCAUUGCUUUUUUUCCCAGAACACACUCACAGCAGAAGACCGUUCUCCUGAAGCCAGCUUUACCCUGAACCCCGAGGACAGAAGAGAAUACCCUGACCUCCAGGCUGCCCACCGGCCAUUCCCUAAACAGAGGUUCAGGCAGGAAAGUGGGCAUACGUCAUUGCAAAGAGAUGGACCCAGAUCUUUCCUCUUGGAUCUCCCAAACUUCCCUGACUUGUCAAAAGCAGAUAUCAAUGGGCAGAAUCCCAACAUUCAGGUUACCAUUGAAGUGGUUGAUGGCCCCGACACGGAACCAGAAAAGGAUCUGCAGAAAGAGAGCAGCAAGCCCAACUGGCCAGUCCCAUCACCUGACUGGAGAAACUGGUGGCAGAGGUCCUCCACCUUGACACGCAUGAGCAGUGGGGACCAGGACUACAAGUAUGAUGGCACUUCUGAAGACAGCAACUUCCUCAGUCCUCUCGGUGGGUGGGAUAGUCAUGCACCCAGUCACCGGACGUUCGAGUCCAAGGAGCAGCCAGAGUAUGAUUACAUGGAUGGCGAGGGAGACUGGAGCCCGUGGUCGCUCUGCAGCGUCACCUGCGGGAGCGGCAGCCAGAAGCGGACGCGGUCCUGCGGCUACGCGUGCACGGCUACCGAGUCCCGCACCUGCGACCGGCCCAACUGCCCAGGGAUUGAAGACACCUUCCGGACAGCUGCCACAGAAGUGAGCUUACUCGCAGGGAGUGAAGACUUCAAUGCUACUAAACUCUUUGAAGUUGAUACUGAUAGCUGUGAACGGUGGAUGAGCUGCAAAAGUGAGUUCUUGAAGAAAUACAUGCACAAAGUGGUCAAUGAUCUUCCCAGCUGCCCAUGUGCCUACCCCAGAGAAGUUGCCUACAGCACUGCUGAAAUCCAUGAUCGGGUUAAGAGGAAAAACUUUCGCUGGAAAGAUGCAAGUGGUCCAAAGGAGAAACUGGAGAUCUAYAAGCCCACUGCACGAUACUGCAUCCGCUCCAUGCUGUCUUUGGAAAGCACAACACUUGCGGCACAGCACUGCUGCUACGAUGAUAACAUGCAGCUGAUCACCAGGGGGAAAGGGGCAGGGACGCCCAACCUGAUCAGCAUCGAGUUCUCAGCAGAGCUCCAUUACAAAGUGGACAUUCUGCCAUGGAUUAUAUGCAAGGGGGACUGGAGCCGCUACAACGAAGCUCGGCCUCCCAACAACGGGCAGAAGUGUACAGAAAAUCCUUCAGAUGAAGACUACUACAAGCAAUUUCAAGAAGCAAGGGAAUACUGAGAAGAUUUUCCUCCUCUUCAAACAAACAAAAAAAAAGGCAUUCAUUUUUGGGUGCUAAAGAACUAAUGGCUGCUGCAUUAUCUCCUCGAUAGGGGUUAUCAGUUUCUUUCUAAUGAAUGUAUAUAGUUGUAAUAUAAUACAUAAAUAUUUUUCAUAGUGUGUGUAAUUUAUAUACACAUAUCUCUCUAUUUCACACACACCUAUUUUUACAUACAGACAUAUCUAAAACUUGUCCUAGUAGGACUUUAUACUGCAAUAAUAUUUGUUUAAUAAUGUGCAUUUCAUUUUAUUCCCCAACUAUAGUGUAAGUGUGAGGUGCAGGGGGCGGCUCACAUCAGCAUCAGGCCCAAGGGCCCAGUUGAGGAGGGCACAUAUUUAAAAGCUAUUAUAAACAGUAGGACUGAAGAAUGUAUUCUUCCAUAUGGGAAUGGUUUAUGAGAUUAUUGCACCUACAGCAUCAGUUUUCUCUAUAAUUGAUUUCAUGACUAGUCAUACCUAAGAAAGGAAGCUGCUUUUUGGAAGGGUAGUGGUUAAAAGCAUUUCUUUCUUGGAAUUCUUCCCGUUAUCCCAAGCUCAGGUGCUUGCUCCCUGUCUGGGCCAGGUCUACAGGGAGAGGGAGCUGUGGUUGCCUUUUCCUAUGGAGCAGAAACAGCCUUGCAGUGAUUCUGCACCAGCAUCUCCCUGGAGACUUGUCAGACGA